AAGUGAGUUGGAGAGAAGCAAGAGGGGGGUGCUACAGCAGGAGGCGUGUGCUGUUUAGAGACAGAAGCACAGCGGCGGCAGUGGAGUAAGUGAUAAGCGAUCACGGGGGAAAUGGACCGGCAAACUAUACUUGCCAACUCGAGUGCCCUCACCGUGGAUUAACAUGCUCGUCGACGUCCGUACUACGCUCGCUUGAGACAAAACCUGCCUGCUCGGUGACAGAGUACCUGUGGAUCAGGAGCACCAUGUGGAAUGCAGCACAGACGAGCCAUCAGCUGUGAGGACAACCGAGGGAAUUCAGCACAGACCAGAGAGUGGCUGCAGCUCGCAGCUUCAGUCUCUUUUCCCCUCACUCGCCUUCUAACCUCAGAGCAGCCGGGCUACUAAUGAGCAAGUCGAUGUGUGGCUGUGGCUGCAGCAUCAUCUCCUCUCUGAUGAAGAGGCUGGGCCGCACAGCUUGCUGCUCAGAUCUCCUCUCCUGCAGCCAUACCUCAGAGCAGCUGCAGCGCCUGGCCACCGGCUGCCCGCCCCGACCAAAGCAUGCCAAGCCGUUCUCCUCCUCAGACAGCCUAGCGAAGGUCCAGGAGGUAGCAAGCUGGCUUUUGGAAAUGAACCAGGAUCUGCUGUCGGGGGGCAGCAGCAGCAGGCGGAGUCGGGGGCCCGGGGGUCCGGCGGUGCGAGGUAACGCCUCCUCCACAGCCCGGGCACCCCAGCAGGCGGCAGAGGAGGGCGACGAAGAUGAGCACAUGAACCGGGUAGUUGAGGAGGAAGAGCAGCUGCGGCAGAGGCCGGAGGCGUCGCAGGUUGACGGCGAGCGGGAGCAACCAUGGGCGCCCAGCGAGUUAGGAGCCAGCAACGGCCCGCAGGGAGACGAGGAGGACGAGGACGGCCUGCCAAACGAAGUGAACGGGGGAGAGAAAGGCGCCCGGUGGAUGCUGGGACCGGAGCAGAGGCGACUGCGAGGCCAGCCGCUGGGUGAGGAGGAGGACGAAGAGGAGGAGGAGGAGGAGAACAACAACAGCAGCAGCCAGCAGGAGGAGGAGGAGCCGGAGGAGAGGACAGAGGGCGGGGAGGGCCAGGGGAGGGAGGAAGAGGAGAGGGAAGAGGGCGAGGAGGAGGAGGAUGAGGAUGAAGAGGAGAUGGACCAAGACAGUGAUGAGUUCGAACAUUCAGCGGAAAGUGGGAGAGAGGAGGAGGAAGAGGAGGAGGAGGAAGGAGAAGGGGAGGAACGGCUGCAGUCUCCUUCUCUCAGGAACAAUGUGUCUACCCCCAAUAAUAACGUGGACUCGGGAUGUACACACCAAAGCUCUUCCAACAAGAAGAUGAAGAGAAAGUUGGACCAUGGCACCGAGGUCCGACCUUUCCCUUCAGGAAAAAAACCCUGCAAAGGCCCAGAGUAUCCGAGCCCGACAGGAAUCGUCCCUUGUCCAGCCACACCCACCACAUUUGGCCACAUAAGAACAGCCAAUGGGCAGGGGCAGCAGAGACGACGCAUAACCUCAAUCCAGCCACCCACGGGUCUCCAGGAAUGGCUCCGAACAUUUCAGAGCUGGACCGGCCCCGAGAAGCUGCUGGCGCUGGAUGAGCUGAUCGACAGCUGCGAACCCACACAAGUCAAGCAUAUGAUGCAGGUGAUCGAGCCGCAGUUUCAGCGAGACUUCAUCUCCCUGCUGCCCAAAGAGCUGGCUUUGUAUGUGCUGUCAUUCCUGGAACCGAAGGACCUCCUCCAAGCAGCGCAGACGUGUCGCUACUGGCGUAUCCUGGCAGAGGACAACCUGCUGUGGAGGGAGAAAUGCAGGGAAGAGGGCAUCGAUGAGCCUCUGCCCCUGAAGAAGAGAAAAAUUGUCAAGCCUGGUUUCACUCACAGCCCCUGGAAGAGUGCCUACAUCAGGCAGCACAGAAUAGACACUAACUGGAGAAGAGGGGACCUCAAAUCACCCAAGGUGCUAAAAGGACACGAUGACCACGUGAUCACCUGCCUCCAGUUCUGUGGCAACCGCAUUGUCAGCGGAUCCGACGACAACACGCUGAAAGUCUGGUCGGCUAUCACAGGAAAGUGUCUGCGGACGUUGGUGGGCCACACAGGGGGGGUGUGGUCAUCCCAGAUGCGAGACAACAUCAUUAUCAGCGGCUCCACCGAUCGCACACUCAAGGUCUGGAACGCGGAGACGGGAGAAUGUAUCCACACCCUCUAUGGGCAUACCUCAACAGUGCGCUGCAUGCACCUACAUGAGAAAAGGGUGGUCAGUGGCUCUCGGGACGCCACGCUGCGCGUCUGGGACAUCGAGACCGGUCAGUGUUUACACGUCCUCAUGGGCCACGUGGCGGCGGUGCGCUGCGUGCAGUACGACGGGCGGCGGGUCGUCAGCGGCGCCUACGACUUCAUGGUCAAAGUGUGGGACCCCGAGACGGAGACCUGCCUCCACACGCUGCAGGGUCACACCAACAGAGUCUACUCAUUACAGUUCGACGGGAUCCACGUGGUGAGCGGCUCGCUGGACACGUCGAUAAGGGUCUGGGACGUGGAGACGGGCAACUGCAUCCACACGCUAACGGGGCACCAGUCCCUCACCAGCGGCAUGGAGCUCAAAGACAACAUCCUGGUCUCAGGCAACGCAGACUCCACUGUCAAGAUCUGGGACAUCAAGACGGGCCAGUGCCUGCAAACAUUGCAAGGUCCUCACAAGCACCAGAGCGCCGUGACGUGCCUCCAGUUCAACAAGAACUUUGUCAUCACCAGCUCAGACGACGGCACGGUCAAGCUGUGGGACCUGAAGACGGGCGAGUUCAUCCGCAACCUGGUGACCCUGGAGAGCGGCGGCAGCGGCGGCGUGGUGUGGCGCAUCCGGGCCUCCAACACCAAGCUGGUGUGCGCGGUGGGCAGCCGCAACGGCACAGAGGAGACCAAGCUGCUGGUGCUGGACUUUGACGUAGACAUGAAGUGAGCGGGAACGCGGCGGGGAAGGACGAAGCGAGCGAACCAAUGGAGGGGAAGGAAGAGAGAGAGAGAGAGAGAGAGCGUGGGAGACGAGGGGGCCUGGAACCCGGAGGGCCGACACCCACAACUCUUCAUCCAAACUCGCAGAGAUCUCCAACCACCACCACCACCAACAGUGGACUGUCCUGUCCUCUACCAUCUCCUCCCCAGCCCCCCCACCCCCACCUCCUUUUGGGGAAAAACAUACAAAGACACAGAUUGGGAACUUUGCGUGUUCAGCCCCCCGCUUUUUGACCCUCGGCCACCAGUAACGGGGUGGAGUCGACGGGGAUCAGGCUGGAAGCGGGGACGGGAGGGGGGAGGCCGCGCCCGGCCCGCAGAAGCAGAGGACGAGGAGGGAACGACCGACGACUGAACUCUCCGGGAGCGUCGCUCCACGCUUUCGGCUGGAGCCCGGCUUCGCACAGAGACUUUGUUUCGCUCAAGCCUGACAGAUUUUGAGAUGUACAGAGAUAUAUUAUUUUUUAAGAAAAACACACAAAAAAAGGAGUCCCUCCCCCACCACACACACACACACACACACAAACACAAAAAAAAACACACCCCCUCCCAUUGGCGCGUGCCCACAAACACACACACACACACACACACACACACACACACACACACACAACCUGAAAAAAAAAAAAAAACGGCCAUCCAGACCAGAGAGGGGGAAACACUGACGGCAGAUAAAGAUGGAGGAAGCCGAGUCUCCACACAGUUAGACCUCCAGAGCUGCUCGGUGUGGCGGAGACACAACCAUCCACCUGCAUCCAGGCUCGUUUCUUGUCACUCCAUUUCCGUUUCCGUCGUCCUCAACUCGCUUUUUCUUACGUUUGAUUUCUUUACAGUAUCGCACACAAAUACAACUGUGAAUUUCAACACCCCUUUUUUUGUUGUUGUUGUUGUUGUUGAUCACAUGAAUGGAAGGGAUUUUCUUUUGGCUAUUUCUCACCGUUCCUCACCGUUGCCAACAGCAACAAAUCCCAGUAUUAGAAACCCACCCUGCUUUUAGGUUUGCUGUCAUUAUGUCACGUUUUUUUUUUCUUUCGUUUUCUUUUUUUUUUUUUGGUCUUUUUACUUGAGUUGUUUCUUCUUCCUUUCUGUUUUCUUCACACCAGGGUUCGGCGCUUUCGCCUCUGCAGGAACGUCAAUGCUAUCCAGACUUUUUUUUUUUUUUUUUUCCCCAAGAGUCUAGCUGGGGUGGUUCCUUCAAUGCCGGCGCUGUGAAGAGGUUUUUCUUUAAGCGCUGUGGAUUAAUGCCCCCCUGAGCCCCCUCCCCCUCAACUGCCCCCCCUCCCCAGUGGCCAAACUGUAUUUAUGCUGCUAGAUGAACGAUGAGAAAAAAAAAAAAGAGAGAGAGAGCAGAGAGAGAGAGAUGGAACUUUUACUUGCUGUGACGUUUUAGUCCCAGGCGAAAUUCCAAAUUGAACUCUAUAUGUUUGGACUUCAACAAAAGAUAACAUCCAAGGUUAGAUUUUUUUUGUUUGUUUUCCUUUUUUUUUUUUUUUUGUUUAUUCUUGCCACUGAAACUUGAGCCAAACGUGCCUCUACGAGGCUGAUAGGAGGGAGCGUGUCCGGCGUACCGACGGGAUCGCCUGCAGAGAGGAAAACACGGGGGAUGUACACUGCUGGCGUGCGCGUGCGUGCGAGCGUGAGUGCAUGAGUGCGUGUGUUUGCGUGCUAACGGGCAACUUGUAAACACAUUCCUUGGGACAACGCUGUUUCAGCCUGUCCUUUGGGGAAAUGUACAAAAACGCUGUGUGAACUGGCAAAAGGAAGAAAAAAAAAGAAAAAGGACAAAAAAAGUCAAAGCUAGCAGACGUAUGGAUUUUAACACGCGAAUGAGAGGUCUGUCCGUAUCCGUGUGCGAUUGUCGUUCCAUUCAAAGAUGUCUGAAGCAACAGAGGAGACCAUCACAUGCAUCAGCUGUCGGGCGGAGCCGCCGGGGGGGAGUCUUAGUGUUACAUGUGUUGCUGCGGUUGAAAUCCGUGGGGCGGCCGCAAGGUGGCGGAUCGUCGGCCGGCGGAAAAACACAAAAGGCAACAAAAACGUGAACAGAAACAUUGUAGCCAAACGAAAAUCGUCUCAAUCUCCAAGAGUCACAACUCAAGCUGAACUGUGAAAAGUGGUAUAACACUGUAUAUUAAAAGAAAAAA